CAAAGGGCAGCAUCUCAACAGUGUGACUAGCUGUUGAACAAUGGCAGGAAGUUGGUAUGCUGUGCGGUCUCUGGCACUUUGUGUUUGGUUUGGUGCUUUCUGUCAUGCUGUUCCAAAGUGGAGUAAUCUUCCCCAGAAUCCUCAACCUCUGAUGUUCCAGCAAAGUGACCAGCGGUUUCAACAACCAGUUCAACAGCAAGCUAGUCAAUGGUUUCCUCAGCCAGUUCAACAGCAAGCUAGUCAACAGUUUCCUCAGUCAGUUCAACAGCAAGCUAGUCAACAGUUUCCUCAGUCAGUCCAACAAGCUAGUCAACAGUUUCCUCUGCAGUUUUCUCAGCUAGUUCAACAGCAAGCUAGUCAACAGUUUUCCCAGCAGUUUCAGCCUAAGCAGCCAGUGGCACAGACCGAGCCCCUUGAUAAAUGUACUGUAGCUGAUUAUGAGCAGAUCCAAUGUGGUCCACCUGGUAUCAGUGGUGCUGAGUGUGCAGCUAUCAACUGCUGCUUUAACGGACAGCAGUGUUACUAUGGGAAGGCAGUGACCGUCCAGUGUAUAAGAGAUGGUCAGUUUGUGGUAGUGGUGGCUAGAGACGUUACGCUGCCUCGGUUGAGCCUGGAUUCAGUCCGUCUCCUGGGUGGCAAUGAUCCAGCUUGCAGUCCUGUGGGAUCCACACCUUUCUUUGCUAUAUAUCAGUUCCCUGUCACUGCAUGUGGCACAAGCAUGAUGGAGGACAGUGGAUAUGUGGCGUAUGAAAACAGAAUGACCUCCUCUUAUGAAGUGGGUGUGGGACCACUUGGUUCCAUCACAAGGGACAGCCAUUUUGAGCUUCUCUUCCAGUGUAGGUACUCUGGUACUUCGGUGGAAGCUCUGGUUGUGGAGGUCAACACUGUUCCUCCACCUCCACCGGUAGCUGCUCCUGGACCCCUCAGAGUGGAGCUUAGACUGGCAAAUGGUCAAUGUGUCACCAAAGGCUGUGCUGAAGGGGAUGAGGCGUACACCUCCUACUACAGUGAAGCUGAUUAUCCGGUCACAAAAGUCUUGCGGGAACCUGUGUAUGUUGAGGUGCGCAUUUUGGAGAGGUCUGACCCCAACAUUGUCUUGAUGCUGGGACAUUGCUGGGCGACAUCAACCCCUAGUCCACUCAGUCUACCCCAGUGGGACCUUCUGGUUGAUGGGUGCCCUUACCGGGAUGAUCGUUACCUGACCACACUGGUUCCAGUGUCUGGAUCAUCUGGUCUUCAGUUCCCAACCCACUACAAGCGCUUUGUUGUGAAGAUGUUCACAUUUGUAGAUCCAGCAUCACUGGCUCCUCUGCAGGAAACGGUCUUCAUCCAUUGCAGUACAGAGGUGUGCCAUCCCUCUUCUGGCUCUUGUCAGCAAAGUUGCUCCAGGCGAAGAAGGGCUGUUCGUGUAAACACUACCACUUCUGGCCAAACUGUGGUUUCUAGUGGAGAAGUGAGACUGAUUCUAUGAGUGUUUAAUAAAUGAUAUCAAACCUUGAA